AUGAGUUCUUCAAUUGAAGAUGCAGAAUCAGAAAUGACCUUGACAGUUCUUGGUUGUGGAACAAUGGGUAUAGCUAUUCUCUCUGGCAUACUCAGUUCCCUCCAUACUCCCCCAAACCCAAUGUCAACCUCAACCUCCAUCCCUCCAAGCACACCCGGAACCUCUAACCCCACCUACCCAACCUCUACCCCCUCCCGCCUCCCCUCCAAAUUCAUCGCCUGCGUACGACGUCCCGAAUCCGCCCAAAAAGUACAGCAAGCGCUCUCCCCCUACCUCACCACCACCACCUCCAGCAGCACCAGCACCACCCUCAGUAUCCUCCUCAACAAAAACGUCUCCACCGUCCAAGAAUCCCACAUAAUUCUCCUAACCUGCAAACCCCACACGGCCCCCGAAAUCCUCUCCUCACCCGGCAUGUCUCUUGCUCUAUCCGGCAAACUGCUAAUCAGUAUAUGCGCCGGAAUCACCACCGAGCAACUACACUCUUCACUCUCCACCUCCACCUCACAAACCCAAGAUUCAGCAGCCCCAUCACCCCCCUCAAAUCCCCACCCCUGCACCAUCAUCCGCGCCAUGCCCAACACCGCCUCCUCCAUUCGAGAAUCCAUGACCGUAAUCGCGACCUCUAUUCCCCCUCUCCCGCCACCCACCAUUUCCCUCCUAACCUGGAUUUUUUCGCGAAUCGGACAAGUGGUUUUUUUGCCCCCUUCUACUAUGGAUACAUGUACCGCUCUUUGCGGUUCGGGCCCUGCUUCUCAAACUAUGAAGGGAGCUGCUGCGCUCGUAUUAUCUGGUGAGCAUCCGGCGCUUUUGAGGGAUAGGGUUAGUACGCCUGGUGGGUGUACUAUUGGGGGGUUGUUGGUUUUGGAAGAGGGAAGAGUAAGGGGGACAGUGGCGAGGGCGGUGAGGGAGGCGACGGUUGUGGCGGGGCAGUUGGGAAAGGGGGUGCAGGGGGGUGAAUGGGACGAGAUUUUAGGGAUUUGUGAUGGGAUGGGAUGCGAAAAUUUGGAUUGGAAAAAUGGGAAUUGGAAAAUUUGA